AUGGUGCUAUACGAUGCUGUGUCUAGCUUUGUGUUUGCCGACAACCUCGACAAGCUCAAGGUGUACGAAGACGGCUGGACCACCAAGUACAAGACGAACCACAAGUACCGCUCGAACCAGAUUGAACUGUACAUUGACGCGGUGUACGUGGUCCUCGCCGCCGCCCGCAUCAUUCUCAAGCCCCGCGCCCGUACCUUCUCCAAGAAGCUGCACAACUAUGCGCACCACGACCACAUUCGCAUCUCGAUGGAGUCGCUCCGCGCGUCGCUCCGCCGCAUUCCCGGCGUCACAGCGGUGGCGGUCGAGACCAUGGAGACGGACCUGCUCAUCAUUUGCGGCCGCGACUCUGGCGAGAUGACGCGCGAAGAGCUCAUGCGCUUUCUCGAGCGAGCGCUCUUGUACCGCCCGAAGAACAUUCGCGCGAAUGAAUUUUUGGCCUUUCUACGGGACAUUGACGCGACGUCGGUCACCAACGCGUACGGCGCAUGGGACGUGAUCAAGUCGACGUUUGGCCACUGGUCGACGCAAAAGUGGGAUUUGUUUUGCACGACCAUGGUCGUCUUGGUCGCGGCUUCGAUCACGCCGCUGCUGGCUUUUUUCCUCCAGAUCCUCACGGACAAGGCCUUUCCAAAGUCGACGUGGACGUAUGCGCUCACCAACUUUGACGACUUUGGCAUGACGACCGGGCUCUCGGUGCACACGGAGUUCAAGUGGAAGAAUGAAACCUCGGACGACAAUGGCCAGCGCGUCGAGCUGCCGUUUUUGCCGCCGCACGAGCUCAUGAUUGGCGUCAUUGGCGUCAUGUCGAUUAGCAUUCCGUUUACGAUUGCCGACUACGCCAUGGGCUACUUUCAGUCGAAGAUGAUUGCGAAAGCGACGCAGCAGAUGCAGAACAGCCUUUUGAAUGUGAUUAUGCGCCAGCAAACGGGCUUCUUUGCCGACCGGUCGGACGGCGACCUCAACAACCUCUUCCAGUCGGACGUGGCGCGCGUUAACGCCAUGUGGCAAGCCGUGUUUUGGAACCUCAUGAACCCGAUUGUGGCCAUUGCUAUUGGCUUUGCGUACCUCAUGUACUCGGAGCCGAUUGUGGGCUUGAUGUCGUUUGCAUUUGCGGCCGUCGUCGUCACGUCGGGUCCCCAAGGCCUUGCCGGCAAGCAGUCGCAGACCUUUGGCUCCAAGAAUGCGUACGUGGCCGCCGAGUUUCAGAACGCGGUCGCGUGUCAAAAGGUGGUGCGGUCGUACGGCAUUCAAGAUCCACUUCUGAAGCGCUUUGGCGCGAGCAUUAGCGGGCUGCGCAAGGCCCAGUUCUCGAAGGAUUUCUGGAGCGGCGUGGUCCAGAUUUACAUUGAGUCGGCCAUGUUUAUCUUUGUCCAAGUCAUGACGGCGUGCCUCGUCAUGAAGGUGUUUCGCGGCGACAUUACGUCGGGCGACUUUUUCUCGUGUACGACGCUCCUCAACCGCAUCUCGUCGCCGGUCACGGUCCUCGGCGGCUUUAUGCGCGUGGCCAUUGGCAACGCGUCGAGUCUCCAGCGCAUUGAUGAGAUUAUCUAUGGCGCGGCCGACGACUUUGACAAGCUCGAGAAGGAAGACAAGAAGCGGCCGGCCGUGCCCCGCAUGCAGCACGCGUUGUCGGUGCAGCACGUGUGCUUCAAGUACGACGAGCACGCGGAGAACUGGACGCUCGACGACAUCAAUGCGGUGUUUCAAAAGGGCGACUAUGCGUGCAUUGUGGGCCCGAGUGGCUGCGGCAAGAGUACGCUCCUCGGCUGCUUGAUGAACUUUUACGCACCGAGCGCGGGGGCCAUCUGCGUGGACAGUGUGGACACGACGGGCUACUCGAAGGCGAGCUUGAGCCAGCAGAUGGCGGUCGUCUUCCAGGACGGUGGCAUUUUGAACGGCACCAUCAUGGAGAACAUUCGGUACGGCAACCCGAACGCGUCGCGGGAAGAGUGCUUGGACGCGGCCAAGCUGGCCGAGUGCCACGACUUCGUCAAGUCGCUCAAGGACGGCUACGACACGAUCAUUGGCCAGCACGCGGUUGUCAACCUCAGUGGCGGCCAGUCGCAGCGCAUUUGUCUCGCCCGCGCGCUGGUGCGGCAGCCGAGCAUUUUGCUCUUGGACGAAGCCACGAGUGCGCUGGAUCAAGAAACAGAAGCGAGCGUCGUGGCGACGCUGGAAGUGCUGGCGAAGAAGCUGCAGAUGACGAUCAUCUCGGUCACGCAUCGGCUGACAACGACGCGCAACGCCGACGCGAUCCUUGUCAUGGACGCGGGCAAGCUCGUGGAUGUGGGCACGUACAACGAGCUCAUGCACAAGCCCGCGUCGCUCUUUGCGGAAAUGGUGCGCAAGAUGGACGAGGGCGCGGACGAGCCAACGAAGCGCAAGGCGCCGACGCGCGGCUCGUUCAACGUCAACAAUCAGUUUGCCGACGACGCGAGCCACCUUCUGGACACGCACCGCGCGCUGGAAGAGUUCAACAUGACGCUGGCCCAGCGCUCGGUCGAGGAGCGGUCGUUCUUGACGCGGCGGAAUGGCACCAACCUCUCGUCGCACGGCGGGCGGUCGCAGAACGGGUCGGUCCUGCGCAACCGGGCGAAAAGCAGCGGCCCCGACUCGAGUCGCCAAGGCCGCGACAGCUACGUGGUCUUGUAGUCGCAGUAGGUCGAGAUGCAGCGACACAAAUUGCACGAAUAUCUCUCUACAAUUGACGUCUCUAUCCUCGUGGCGA